CUCUUAUUUCCAAACAGGCUAGAGUUGAGUGAGGGAUCAUAAAGUACAGGAAAUUUGCUCUCUGGAAGUGUGUGUGAGAGAGAUUAUAGCUCUGUGUGAAUACUGUCCUGUGAGGUGGCCACUACACUGACUGCUGCGCUCUCGAAGGGUGCUCCUCUGUACACAAACGAGAUCCGGGAGCUGACUGUUCUAUUCCGCAAACGCUCAGAGGAAAACGGUGAGGCAGAAAGCGGUGGGCAGAAAUAAAAUUCAGCUUGUUUAAGAACCUAGGGAACUUUCACUCUUCACUUGAAAGGAAAUAACAUUGAAAGGAAAAGGCAAAGAAAUUCCGUAUCCAAGAUUAGAUGGCGUCAGUGAAUGACUCUCGCCUUCAGCAGCAGCCUGCUCAGAAGGAUGCGGCUGACCAGAACUUUGACUACAUGUUCAAGCUGCUGAUCAUUGGCAACAGCAGUGUGGGGAAGACCAGCUUCCUGUUCCGCUAUGCUGAUGACUCCUUCACCUCAGCCUUCGUGUCCACCGUGGGCAUAGACUUCAAGGUCAAGACCGUCUUCCGCAAUGACAAGAGGAUAAAGCUACAGAUAUGGGACACAGCGGGGCAGGAGCGCUACCGUACCAUCACCACAGCCUACUACAGAGGAGCCAUGGGCUUCCUGCUCAUGUAUGACAUCACCAACCAGGACUCCUUCAACGCAGUUCAGGACUGGGCAAGUCAGAUUAAGACAUACUCUUGGGACAAUGCACAGGUGAUCCUGGUGGGAAACAAGUGUGAACUGGAGGAUGACAGGCUAGUCCCCACAGAGGAUAGCCAGAGACUGGCCGAAGAGCUUGGGUUCCAGUUCUUCGAGGCCAGCGCCAAGGACAACAUCAACGUGAAGCAGGUGUUUGAGCGGCUGGUAGACGUCAUCUGUGAGAAGAUGAACGAGAGCAUGGACGGAGAUGCCAACCUGAUGUCCAUCCACAGGGGCACCAGUCUACAGGACUCGCCCCCAGAGAACCAUGGGGGCUGUGGCUGCUAAAUACCGCCUCACUCCUCCUCACAGCCCCGUCACUGUGCCUAAAGUAUAGAGAGUACACCUCUCAAACUACACCCCAACCUCACACCCCCUAACACAGCCACUACAGUGAAAACCAUAAAGCAGCUAGCUGAAAUAACCAUCGGUCCCCUCCCCUCCCCUCGGUCAAUCCAGCGCUAUCCCCUGCUCUACUUCCUGUCCCCGCUGAAAAGGCCCCUUCUCUCUUGUGUACUGUGGCCUUCACACAGUAGUUCUGUGGUGGGCUGGUAUUCAUCCGAGUCCCCCCCUCCCCCAACUGCCUCUACCACAUGGCCUCCCCUCUGCUCUUCUGGCAAACAUUUUUUAAGUAUUUAUUGUGAGAAACCAUUAUUUAAUGGCUUUACUUUUAAAGCAAAGCUAGUUCAAUCAGCUUAAAGAAAUGCCAAUGUGAAGAAUAUUUGUUAUAAUUAAAUCGUUUCCAGUCAUUAUUUUAGGUAAUUGUUGUGUUCAGAGUUUAAUGAAUGAAAAUAAUAGUUUAAGACUCAAAUAGAGCAGAAGGUGCUUUUGUCUUGGAUGCCCCUUGGCUAGGUGCUCUGCUUUGAAUGUAUUCAUUGGACUAAACUUCUCAGAAUCCAAAACCAGAUAGAAAGAAGACAGCACCCCAAAACCU